UGUAGGACACCAGCCUCCUCCUCUGCUGUCGCCAUGGCCUCGGCCGAGGCAAAAAGGAUUUCGUUCCUCUUGCUCUUGCUGCACAUCUUCCCUGCGACCCCUUUCGAAAUUCAGAAAGACUGCAUCGUUUCUUCUGAAAUAACAGAGAGCGAUAUCCUGUUCGACACCCUGGAAUUCCUGGCCCUCAUACCCGACGAACUGACACGGAUUCGAGCUCGCAUUUCUUGCGCCGAUGAAAAGUACCAUUACAUCGAGUGGAAUUCUCAAACGAUCAAGGCGACGACGACGAGCACUUACGGCCCUUACGACGCUCCCGACAACAGCAGCGGCUGGAUGAGGUUCACGCUUGGCUAUGUGGGAAAUCUGACGCUCCUCGACGGCAGACGUCAGCCCUGGCUUCCAGACAACAUUACCCUCGAGUGUCCCGUGUACAAAGUGGAGCUUUCGGGAAGCCGUUUCGCUCGGAUGUGUCCCACAAACACGCCCGUGUGGAAGGUGGAAGGCAAGGACGGUGUCAAUAUUCCUCUGCAAGUGGACGACGAAACACCAGAGAAUCUUACGUUGUUCUCCACGACCACUUUCCGAGCCGUCUUCAGUGUUGACGAUUCAGAAUUCCACUUGGGGAUGAGUGGAGAGAGUUUGAUGACAGGGAGACACCACGGUCCUCUGCUUGGGGGCAUCAGCCAUCGCCUUGUCUUGAAAGCGUACAAGGAAAAUGGCAGUACGAUGUUCCAGGUAUUCAGUGCUGGUCUUCCCAUACACACGGAGAGUCUCAAAGAAGUCCCAAAGAGAAUGCGUGUUCAGAGUCAGGACGGCCGCAGAUUUGUUCUGGUACAGACAUGGCACACUGGAAAGGCAGGAGAACCUCAUUCUGACGAUGAGAAACAAUGCAACGAAAAUUCUCUAGCCCUCAUGCUGCUGCUUUCGAGUGUGAUCGCCGGACUGGUACUUCUGGUGCUGGCACUCACGGCGGCACUCCUGCGUCAAUCCCGCAAUUCGUGCUGCUGUCCAAAGGAUGCCGGGGAAGCCCAGCCACAAGUCUAUUCGCCCAAGCAGGAGGUGCGCCGCAUCAGCCCUCAGUACCUGGAGCCCGUCGUCUUGCGCCCUCCGCAGCCUCUGCCGCCGGUCACUCUCCUUCCCCCUCGUGCGUCCAGGAUCCACGCCAGCCUGACGGACCACCUGUACGAGGAGCUGGAGGAGACGGCAACACACAACGUCAGACGGUCGGAGUCGGAGCUGGGGUCGUCCUCGAGUGGCAGGUCGUUCUCCUCGGACGACUGAUGUCAGUGUCGUUCUCAUUGCCGUCUUUCUUGAUUUUGGAAAUCAGCUGAUUAAGGAGUGGAAAUUCGCCGGUCAAGCUGCUUCACCUGUAGUUUCUCCCAGCAACUGCUUAAGAAAAGAUCAUCUUAUUUUCUAUACAUGUACUAUGAUAUGUUAUUUUAUUUUUUGCUUUUGUUAAUAUAUGUUAUAUUGUUAA